UUUAUAUUUUGUGAACGCUGAACAUUUUCGGUUUCGGCUCGUCCGGUGUUUUUUUUUUUUUGAAUUUAUUUCGCGGAUUUCCAUCGGUUUCCUGAUUUUGUUGCGAGUUUCGAAUAAAAAAAAAAAUGUCUAACGAUAAGCGUACCGUGUACGUUGGUGGUCUCUCGGACGAGGUCACCGAGAAGCUUAUAAACGAUGCCUUCAUUCCGUUUGGUGACCUGGUGGAUAUUCAGAUGCCGGUGGACUACGAAUCCCAGAAGCACCGAGGAUUUGCUUUCAUCGAGUUUGAAAGCGCUGAAGAUGCUGCUGCGGCCGUAGACAACAUGAACGAUUCGGAACUGUGCGGAAGGACGAUUCGUGUGAACAUAGCAAAGCCACAGCGGAUCAAGGAGGGCAGCAACAAACCGGUCUGGGCGGAGGACACCUGGCUGCAGCAGCAUGCCGGGGCCACACUUAAAAAUGAUGCCGAGGGAGCGGGUGCCGAAGGGGAAAGCGGAGGGGAAGUUCAACCGAAGGAAGCUAAAGCACCGGAGGAGAAGAAACGCAACCCACAGGUGUAUUUCGAUAUCCGGAUAGGAAGCAACGACGUCGGACGUAUUAUCAUGUCUUUGCGGGCGGAUAUUGUGCCGAAGACAGCGGAAAACUUCAGAGCGCUGUGCACGGGAGAGCAAGGGUUCGGCUUUAAAGGAUCAACGUUCCAUCGAAUCAUCCCGGAGUUUAUGUGCCAAGGAGGUGACUUCACUGCCAACAAUGGUACCGGAGGCAAAUCGAUCUACGGGAAAAAGUUUGCCGACGAAAAUUUCACACUGAAACAUACGGGUUUCGGUGUGCUUUCUAUGGCAAACUCUGGUCCCAACACCAACGGAUCCCAGUUCUUUAUCUGUACCGAAAAGACUGAAUGGCUCGAUGGCAAGCACGUGGUGUUUGGUAAUGUAAUCAGCGGUGCCGAUGUUGUCCGAAAGAUGGAACGAUGCGGAUCAAAAAGCGGCAAAGUUAACCAAAAGGUAGCCAUUGUUGCGUGUGGCGAGUUGAAGGGCUAGUUUUCCAAUAAGGCAAACACAUCUCACAGGUAUGAAAA